AUGCGGCUUGCCCGCGAGACCGCACAGGCUGCGGCGACAGGCCCCACGGCGGCGCCACCUCAAGCGUCGCCGCCGGCCGGAAGCCAAUUUUCGGGUGUGUUCGUCGUUACAGGCGGCACCAGCGGCGUCGGCCUGGAGUUCGCGUCGGCCCUGGUGACCAGCGGCACCGCGCGCAACCUCCUGCUCCUCGGCAGCCGCGGCGCGGCCGGCCUCUCGCCCGCCGCGGCCGCGCUGUUGGACGCCCUCCGCGCCGCCCACGGCGCCCGCUUCUCGGUCGCAGCCUGCGACGUCUCCGACGCCGCGGCGGUGCGGGCGGCGCUGGCAGGCGCGGGCGGCGCGAUCGAGGGCGUGGCGCACUUCGCGACCGCCUACAGCUCCGACUCGACCGCCAAGCCGCACCCACGCGGCCACCCCGCAUUCACGGUGAAGGCCGACGGCGCGCUCAACCUGCACGCCGCGACCGCGGGCCACCCGGUGCGCGCGUUCCUGCUGGCCAGCAGCUUCGGGCGCGUCAGCGGCAUGGUGCGGCAGGCGUCUUACGUAAUGGCAAACCAGGCGCUCGCCGGCGUCGCGCAGCUGCGCUGGGCGCUGGGCCUGCCGGCGGCGGUGGUGGACCUGCCCGCCGUCUCGGGCUCCGGCUUUGUCAGCGCCUGGGCCAAUGCGGGCGAGGUGCUGCACGCGCGGAAGCACCUGGCGGUCAUCGGGCUGCGCGACAUGGCUGCGCGCGACGUGGCCGGGCUGCUGCUGCGGCUUCUCGAGCCGGGCGCGCAGCAGGCGGGCCGGCCGGCAGCCAUUCUGCCGCGCUGCCCGCCAGCGGGGGGCGAGCAGCGGCACAUGGUGUACGGCUACCUCCAGCACUUGCUACAGGACGACGCAUCGCCGGCCGGUGCCGUCGGCGUCGGGGCUGCCGAGCCCCCAGCGGCCGCGCUGGCGCCGCUGGCGCUCCUGCAAGAGGGCAUCUUCGCGCAGGCCGCGGUCGAGGCGGCUGCUGCCGCGGCUGCGGCGAGCGCGGCUGCUGCUGCUGCUGCUGCUGCUGCUGCGGCAGCAGUGGCAUUUGAUGGGGCUGUGCCUGCACACGUGAAUGCUGGCCGCGGUGGACAGGCUCAGAACGCACCUGCCGUGGCCGCCCUCAGCGGCGCUGCAGAUGCGAAGCGCCGCGCCGCGGUUGUGGCCAAGCUGGCAGCGCUGCUGGGCUGCGCCCCUGAGGCCAUCUCCGACCACGAGCCCCUGGCAGACCUGGGGCUGGACUCACUGGGCGCGGUGGAGCUGGCCAACUGGGCGGCGCACGAGUUUGGCACUGGUGGCAGCGACAGCCCCAGCGACGGCUCUGCCCUGCAGCAGCUCGACCUGCUGGGCGGCAUGACGCUGGCUGGGCUGCUGGCUGCGCUGCCAGCUGUUAGCAACGGCAGCAGCGGCGCUGACAAGCACGCGCCAAGCAGCGACGACCCAGCAAGUGGCGCGGCCACCCCGGCAUGGGCGCCUGCCACGGCGAGCCCCGCCGGCUCUGAAAGGGGCUUCCUUAGCAGCAGCGGGGGCAGCCUGGCCAGCAGCGUGGCGUGGGAGCAGCAGGCGCCGCCUGCAGCCACGGCUGCUACUCCGCAUGCCGCCAACCCGGGACCAACGGCCUCGUCCGCCGUCCAUGGCGGUGCUGCGGCGACUGAGCGCCGCGCCGCGGUUGUGGCCAAGCUGGCAGCGCUGCUGGGCUGCGCACCUGAGGCCAUCUCUGACCACGAGCCCCUGGCAGACCUGGGGCUGGACUCGCUGGGCGCAGUGGAGCUCGCCAACUGGGCGGCGCACGAGUUUGGUGCUGGCGGCAGCGACAGCCCCAGCGACGGCUCUGCACUGCAGCAGCUUGACCUGCUGGGCGGCAUGACGCUGGCGGGGCUGCUGGCCGCGCUGCCGGCUGACGGUGGCGGCGUGGCGGAGCAGGGCGUGGUCCCAUCAGCAGACAGCUUGGAGCCAGCGGCCUGGGCGUCAGCUACAGGCAGCCAUGUGGGCGGCGAUUACGGCAACCCCAGCAGCAGCUGGGAGCAGCAGACGCAGGUGCCAGCCGCCUCAGGAGCAGCAGCAGCCGUCGCCAGCGGUGUACAGGCUUAUGCCGGACCCAUCGUCGAGGCUAGCAGUGGAGCCAUGGCAGCCGAGCGCCGCGACGCAAUCGUGGCCAAGCUGGCAGCGCUGCUGGGCUGCAGCCCCGAGGCCAUCUCUGACCACGAGCCCCUGGCAGACCUGGGUCUGGACUCACUGGGCGCGGUGGAGCUGGCCAACUGGGCGGCGCACGAGUUUGGCACUGGCGGCAGCGACAGCCCCACUGACGGCUCCUCGCUGCAGCAGCUUGACCUACUGGGCGGCAUGACGCUGGCGGGGCUGCUCGCUGCGCUACCCGCAAGCAGCGGCGGCAGCGUCAACAGCAGCGGCGGUGCUGCCAAGCCGGGCGCCGCAGUCAGAGAGAGCGGCAUGGAUUCCCCUGCAUGGGCACCUGCCACAGCCAGCCCAGCCAGCUCAGCGAUAGGCGCCCAAAGCAGCGGCAGUAGCAGCCUGGCCAGCAGCGUGAUACUUGAGCAGCCAACAGCUGCCGUGGAGGCUCCUGCUGCAGGAACGGCAGCCGGCACCGGCUUUGUGGUCACUCAUGCAGGAGUGGCCGAGCGCCGCGCCGCAGUCGUGGCCAAGCUGGCAGCGCUGCUGGGCUGCGCCGCUGAGGCCAUCUCUGACCACGAGCCCCUGGCAGACCUGGGGCUGGACUCACUGGGCGCGGUGGAGCUGGCCAACUGGGCGGCACACGAAUUCGGCACGGACGGCGUCGACAGCCCCAGCGAUGGCUCUUCGCUGCAGCAGCUCGACCUGCUGGGCGGCAUGACACUGGCUGGGCUGCUGGCUGCACUGCCGGCUGUCAGCAACAGCAGCAGCGUCGACGCCGAACAGGACUCCGUUGCACCCAGCGUUGCGGCGGCCCCGGCAUGGGCGCCCCCCCCAGCCAGCCCGGCUGGCUUUGCGAGCAGCGCUUUGAACAGCAGCAGCAACAGAAGCUGGGAGCAGCAGGCAACUGCGGCGGCUGCAGCUGCCUCUGUCACGUUUGGCGGAGGCGUGCCGCACGCCACAGUCGUGUCCACAGUCAGGGCUCCCAGCGGCGCUGCAGACGCCGAGCGCCGCGCCGCAGUCGUGGCCAAGCUGGCAUCGCUGCUGGGCUGCGCACCUGAGGCCAUCUCUGACCACGAGCCCCUGGCAGACCUGGGAUUGGACUCACUGGGCGCGGUGGAGCUGGCCAACUGGGCGGCACACGAGUUUGGUACUGGCGGCGGUGACAGCUCCAGCGACGGCUCCUCGCUGCAGCAGCUCGACCUGCUGGGCGGCAUGACGCUGGCGGGGCUGCUGACAGCACUGCCCUCAUCCUUGAGCAGCACCAGCGGCGGCGCUAGGCAGACGGAUGACGCAGUUCAACCCAGCGCCACGGCAGCCUCAGCAUGGGCGCCCGCUGCUGCCAGCCCUGCCGGCUUUGGGGGCGCCUUUAACAGCAGCAGCAACGGAAGCUGGGAGCAGCAGGCGCCAGCGGCUGAAGCUGCCUCCCUUGCAGUUGGUGGAGACGGCAAUGGUGUGCAUGCCGGCUUCGCCGCAGCUACCAGUGCUCGCAGCGGUGCAGCAGCGGCUGAGCGCCGCGCCGCGGUUGUGGCCAAGCUGGCAGCGCUGCUGGGCUGCGCACCUGAGGCCAUCUCUGACCACGAGCCCCUGGCAGACCUGGGGCUGGACUCGCUGGGCGCGGUGGAGCUGGCCAACUGGGCGGCGCACGAGUUUGGCACUGGCGGCGUCGACAGCCCCACUGACGGCUCCUCGCUGCAGCAGCUUGACCUGCUGGGCGGCAUGACGCUGGCCGGGCUGCUGGCCGCGCUGCCCGUGGUCAGCAACAGCGGUGGCGAUGGGAGGCCCGACGGAGCUGUGAUGGAUGUUGCAAUGACGCGUCCUGCAAUCAGCUGGGAUUCGGCGGCGCCGGCGCAACCCGCAGCUGCAGCAAGCGGCGCCACCACGACGGGCAGCUUUGCGCACAGUAACGGUGCCAGUGGCGUGGCGAUUGGCUUGGAUUGGCAGCAGCAACAGCAGCAGCAGCAGCAGCAGCAGCAGCAGCAGCAGCAGCAGCAGCAGCAGCAGCAGCAGCAGCAGCAGCCGCAGCCGCAACGUGGCCUGAAUGUGAGCGUCUUUGCUCCCCUCGCAGCGGAGGCCGCCCGCGCCGACCAGGGCCCCGAGGCGACCUUGUGGCCGGGCAGCGAUUUUGCCCGAAACCAUGAGGAGGCACACGAGGAGGGAUCCGAGGACGGGUUUGCCUCAGCAGAGGACGAGGACGACGCGACGCCACGCGACGGGCGCUCCUGGAUGGGUGCGCCCGGCUCGACGGCAGAAGCCGACGCGGGUGCAGCUGCCGCGGCCGGCGGGGGCGACGGCGUCAGGGUGGAGGUCGCCGCCGGCGGCGCCGCGGCCGUUGUGACGGUCUGGCUGGAGGCGCCUGCGCUCGGCUUGGGCGCACUGCGCGCUCUGUCCGCGGCCGUGCGCGCACACGAACGGUCAGUGCUGGUGCUGCGCGGCGCAUCCCCCCAGGCCUUCUGCCUCGGGUGGGACGCCGACGGCGCCGCCGCCGCUGCCGCGGCCGCGGCGGCGGCAGGAGGAAUGGGCGGCGCCGCGGCUGUCGGUGCGGCGUUCGAAGAGGCGCUGCUUGAAUUCGGGGCCCUGGCAGAGGCGCUCGAGGCGCGGGAGAUGCCGACCCUGUGCCUCGUGGCCGGCCGCGCGGCCGGCGGCGGGCUGCUGCUGCCGGCGAUGGCGGACGUUGUUAUUGCCACUGCGGACGCCACCUUCAGCCUGCCCGAGCUGUCCCGCGGCCUGCUGCCCGGCGUAGUCUCCUACGCCCUCCGCCGCCGCCUCCCGCCUGCGGCGAUCCGCCGUAUGGGGCUCACCUGCGAUGCGCUGCCCGCGCACAAGGCCGAAGCCCUUGGCCUCGUCGACGCCGUGUGCGCCACGCUGCCGGAGGCCGAGGCCGCGCUGCGCGCCGCCGCGGCCCGGCUCGCGCGGCGGCAGCCGGCGCUGCUCGCAGCUGCGAAGCGGCUGCCCGCCGGCAGCAUAGAUGAGGGUCUGCUCGCGGGUGCCAUGGUCACGGCCGACGCAAGAUCGCGGGAGGCGGCCGUCCUGGGCCGCGGCGACGCGGUGGUGGUGACGUUCCCUCAACCCAGAGUGGCUGUCCUGGAGCUCAACAUGCCGACCACGGGCAACGCGAUGAACCCGCGCUUCUCCGCGGGCCUGUCCGCCGCGCUCGACGCCGUCGAGGCGCGCGCCGCCGACCUGUCAGCCCUCGUAAUCCACGGUGCCGGCGCCCACUUCUGCACCGGCAUGGACCUCUCCUACGCUGAGUCAGCGCGCGCCGCCGGCGGCCUGCUGCCCGGCGCCGCGGCGGCGCUCGCGCUGUCGCGGUGCGUCGCGCGCAUCUCGCGGCUGCCGGUGGCGGUGCUGGCGGUCGCGCACGGCGCGGUGACCGGCGGCGGCGUGGCGCUGGCGCUGCACGCGGACUGGAGGGUCGCUGCCGAGGAUGCCACGUUCUGCUACGGCAACCUCAGCCGCGGCACCAGCCCGCUGUUCGGCCUGCCGCAGCUGCUGACGCGCGCGGUGUCGCUGCCAGGCGCGAUGGGCCUCUACCUGUCUGAUGCGACGCUGACGGCGCAGCAGGCGGCUGCCGCCGGCCUCAUCCACGAGGUCGCGCCUGACAAGCCCUCAGCGCUCGACCGUGCCCUGCGGCUCGCAGCCGAGGUUGCGGCGGCGCCGCCGCGGGGCGUGGCGGAGACGAUGGCGCUAUACCGCCGCGCCGCGGCCGCCGGAGGCGGCGGCGGCAGCGGCGCGGCGCUCGAGGCGGAGGCGCUGGCGGCGGGGAGGUGCCUGAGGGAGGGAUCGUUCCGACCGGAGCUGAUCCGCGCCAAUAAGGCGGCCGCGGCGGCCGGCCGCGCGCGCGGGACCGCUGCUCCCGGCCAGGCGGUUGCCGCGGCGCCUCCCGUAGCCGCGGCCCCAGCCCUGGCCCCGCCGCAAGCGGCGUCAAAGGCCGGCAGCCACCCGCCGGCGGCGGAGGGCAGGGGCCUGCCGGCGGCGGGUUCGCUCGAGCCGCCGGUGACGCCGACGCCGUCCGCGGCCGCAGACAUGCCGCCCCCGCCGGCCCCGGCCGCCGUCGCUGCUGCCGCCAUCGACACAAACACUGCCGCGGCGGUCGACAGCGGCGCCGCCAAGGCCCCCGCGGCGUCGGCCGCGGUCACCGCCGCCGCGGCGGCCCCCGGCGGCGCCUUGGCGGGCAUCCACGCUAUCGAGGCCUACGUCCCCGGCAACCGUGCCUCCAUGGAGGAGUUUGAGCGCCUCGCCGGCGGCGGCCUGGCCGGCAAGUUCAGCCGCCGCCUGGGGCUGCACGAGCUGUCGUUCCCGGGCGCCGACGAGGACGUGGUGUCGAUGGCGCUGACGGCGGUGGCGCGCCUGAUGGAGCGCCACGGCGUGCCCGCGGCCAGCGUGGGGCGCCUGGAGGUCGGCACCGAGUCGUCCGUCGACCGCGCCAAGUCCAUCAGAUCCUACCUGCUCCAGCUCUUCCCCGCUGCGGGCGCCCAGCUGGAGGGCGCCGACGUGGUGCACGCCUGCUACGGCGGCGUCGCGGCGCUGCUCAACGCGCUGGCCUGGGUGGAGUCCGAGGCGUGGGACGGGCGCUGGGCCGUGGUGGUCACGACGGACACCGCGUCGAUGCACCCAGACGGCCCCCUCGGCUGCUUCUUCGGCGCCGCGGCCGUCGCUAUCCUCGUCGGCCCCGACGCGCCCAUCGUGAUAUCCCCAACCCGCGCCAGCAUCGCCCGCCACAGCCUCGACCCGGGCAGCCUCAAGGCGUAUUUGGAGGCGCUUGGGGAGGUGGCGGCGGCGCUGGCGCGCCGAAUGGGCUGGCGGCGCGGCCUGCUGUCGGAAGUUGACCGGCUGGUGGUGCACUCCACAUCAGAGUACUGGGUUGAGAAGGCCGUGCAGCACCUGUCCAAGGCCGAGGCCGCCGCGCGCGGCGCGCCGCCGCCGUCGCUUGCGCAGCAGCGCGAGCUCUUCGAGGCAAAGGCCGCCUCGGGCGCCGCCGCGGCGCGCCUGUCGGGGCCGCUCUUCACCAACAGCAUGUUCUUCAACCUGCUGUCGCUCCUCAGCCGCGAGCGCGGCGGCGCCGUCGGCGCGCGCGUGGCGCUGUUCGGGUUCGGGAGUGGCGUGAGCGCGACAAUGAUGGUGAGCGCUUUCUUUCGCAGUCAGGGACGGAUCGUGCUGGUCAAAGCCGGUCAAAAGGCCGACGGGGCUGUGCAACUCUUCCUCACGCAAGGCUUCCACUCAUCACCACCCGGUCUCACCAACCCCACCCUUGCCCCUGGAGACAAACGUGCCCUUACUCCCCAAAGCCUGUCGUUGCGCGCAACGACCCCCCCCUGA